UCAAGAUUUAUUUCCUUGUUUUGGUUACACGUGUCGAGCAAGACAGGAUUGUUUCAUCAUCAUUGUGGAUGAUGGUUGAGAGAAAUGUUUAACGCUUCUAAUGCUUAGAAAUCAAUCUUGCCUGAAGAAAUGUGUGCUACUUUAAACUGUUUUGCCUCUAUUACGAGGACUAAAUGUCAGUGGAAAUGGUGCAGAAACGAAAUAACAUGGCAUACUUCGAGUGCAAAAGUUUGCAUUCCCCAAUGUGCCUUAAGUAUAUAUUUUCUUGCAUUACAAUGCAAAUGUAGGGAGUUAAAAUCAGGCUAAAGGUGAAACCCUACACAAUAAGAUCACAAUCUCAAACAUAUCGUACAAUCUAGAAAGGCAUGGUUUAAAAAUAAGAGUUUUGCUGUGACUUUCAUCUAACAAAGUGAGAGUGAAUAUAUUAAGACUAUUCAAGAUCAGUAUUAACAAAGGUGUCCAGUCUUGUCUGCAAAGAUCCAGUGUGGUUUAAAGCUUUCAUUCCAAGAAGGAGGCUUCUAUAGACUCUCAGAAAUGGUGCCUUUUGUGUUGGUAUGAAAAUCUGCAGCCAUGCCAGCCCUUUGCAGAGACAACUGAAACACAUCCUUAACCUAAAAUAUUUUGCGCAUAAAGCAACCAUUAAAAUUGAGUAUAUAAGAUGACCUAAUUAACAACAUGGACAAGAAAGCAACAUGGGACAGAUUCUACACAGAAAAUAACAGUAAAGGAAAAUUCAAGAACUUUGAGUGGUUUUUUGGCUUUCAUUCAGUCAAAGACUCCAUCCUGCCUCUACUGCAUUCCAUGUCUGAUCCUCUUGCGCCAUUACAUGUCUUGGAUAUUGGCUGUGGCACCUCAGCACUGGGGCCUGGUAUCUACACCCACUCCCAAUGUGCAGUGAAGGUCACAUGUGCUGAUAUCUCCCCAGUAGCUGUGGGUUUAAUGCAGGAGCAUGUUAAAAACACACCAAUGCAACCCUGCAAUCCAGCAUCCACCCUUGUCUUCAGAGAGAUGGACUGCACAAAGCUGGGAAGACAAUUUGAGCCCAGGAGCCUGGCUUUGAUAGUAGAUAAAGGUACAACAGAUGCACUGCUGAGGUCCAAGGAUGGGCAAGUAAAAGCUGGUAAAAUUGUACAGCAGUGUCUGACUGUUCUGAGACGCUCAGGCAUCCUGCUGCAGUUUUCAGAUGAAGAUCCUGAUGCCAGGCUGCUUUGGCUGGAGAAAGAGAGUCGAGACAUAGAGGUGGCAGCUGAUGUAUCAGUACAUGAAGUUGGAGAAUUAAGAGGGGUCACUUAUUUCUGUUAUCAAAUAACUCCUUAUAGAGCCCAAGAUUGACACCUUGAACAUUACAGUACUGUGUUUUAUGUAACUGUCAUUUUGCAUUGUGUAAUUAAAUUUCUAGAUACCUUAAAAAUUUUCAUUAUUUAAUAGAUUUUUGACCAUGAUCACUGCAUGUACAAUGCAGUCAUAAUAUAUGCAUUGUGCAGUGUGGAUCACAAUCAUUGGCAAGAUGGAAUAGUGAAAAAAACGUCUUUAAUAAAUGCAGACCCCUUAGGAUUAUUGUAAAUACACCAUUUUAUUUAUAAUUUGCACAAGCAGCAGCUUAAAACCAACAAAAACAGCCCUUUACGUACAACCAAAAAAAACAUACAAUAUUGACAGAUUCCAAAACAGCCAACAUUUUGUCCAUACAAAGCAUGGUUGAGGUUCAUAUGGUGUAUAAAAUACAGAAAUUGGAACAUCAGGAAACUGUAGACAAUACAAUGGUGUCCACAUAAAAUGUACCUCAUUAAAAGCCUGCCAUUAAGAACGUGAACAAUGAAGCACAAAACAAUAGAGCAAGUGUUUAAAAAAUAAAUCUUUUUUUUUUUUCGAAGUUUACAAGAACACAUUAUAAAAAGUGAGAAAAGUACAGUUUACAGAGUUACAGUUUAAUUUAAACAAAAGAACAAAGUUUUUUCCAAAACACGUUUACAUUUAGUUCCAUCCAGUGGAAGUUUUGAAGAACAUGACUAUUUUAUAAUCAUCAAACAAAUCAUGUAACAUGAUUGCUUGUUUUCAGUACCUUAAAGCUUGAUCGUGAUAAUGCCGAGAGUAUGGAUAAUACUGGCGCCUUUUGUGUUUUUUCUUCAUCACAAUGUUGUUCUUUGGCCAGGAGGGGGCAGCAUGUGCAGUUGUGCUAUAAUGGCCAUAGUUCCCA